UUUUAAACAUACAAGCAUCUAUUCUUUUUGCUCUUACAUUUAUCUACAGAACUUUUUUUUUAUAUCUUUUGUUAUUACAAUUAUUUCAUUUUAAAUAAUAGUGGUUAAUUAUGAGCCUUCAAGAAAAUCAAGUGUUAAAUGACGUUUUGAACAAAAACACAAAUUCAGACCAAAAUUCAAGAACGGAUAGUUUCAAACCACAACAACAAUCAACAGAAUAUUCUAAUAACGAUAUACAUCCUUCUUCUAAAAAGGAUGCUAUGCAUUUAAAUUUAAAAGAGAAUAUAUCAUCUAAAUUUAGCGCUCUUUUACGUCAUUGUGAGGAAGCCAUGAAACAGGUAGAAAAGGACCAAGAAAAUUGCAAAAAUAAUCCUGAUUCUACUUCUUUACGCUCACUUUCAACUAGUAGAGACAGAUUAUUUCACACUUUUAAACAAUUUGAAGAACACAUGAAAAGAAUGUUUCAAACAGUCGACCAACAGUUACCUCCUGAUUAUCGACUUCAUCAAGAUUCACCUCUACCCUCUCCUAAUCAUAAUGAGCAGAGUACCUUGAAGGAACCUCAUCUUGAUCAUGAGCAGACACUUGAAAGCCAACAACUAAACCACAACAUGUCAUCUCCUACUGGAACUGAAGGCAGCUUUAAUAAUUUAUUCAAAAAAAAGAAUAAAGAAAGAAUGCCUGGAGCUUUUGAUUUUUACAGUAGUGGUGAAGAAGAAGAUAAUAAUAUCCCUGAACAACAAGGACAGGAUAUCAAGGACUUUAGUCCAAGAGAUUCAUUUCAUACACAACCUUCACUCAGUUUGAAAGACAACGAACCUAUUGGACUCAACAAUGAGGGGUCUACUUUUAGUUCUCCUGUACCUCAGUCUCAUUUGAAACCAGGUUUGACUAACGAAGAAGAUUUUACUUUGCCAUCAACUUCAAAUAAUUCAAAUCUCUUGACAUCAUUAAGAAAUGUAGGUCAGAAUGACGAAAUAUGUAAGAAGGAUAAUGAUGAUAUAACCAAAAAUGAGAAGGAUGAUCAUUUAAACAAGAAUUCUGAUCAUUUUGUUGGCUACUACGGCGGUCUUCAACCACUUGAUGAAAAUGAUGCACGCCUUGCUACGUCUGUGCAUGCAACAGAGGGCGCUUGGGUCAAGCCUACCACCACCUUGAAUGCUUCGAAUAAUAAUACUAAUCAUGAAUAUCAAGAUCAUCAUAAUCAAGCUCAAAGAAAUUCAUCGCAUUCAAGUCACAGUCUCAAUCCUACUCUUAAUCCUGGUUUCUUGGAAGAGACGCCUAACCAAAAUGCAUCUACCUUAUGCUUACCACCUGAAGCAGAUUUGGCUCCUACGAGCAAAAGCCAGUCUGCAGUGAGUGACAAUCCAUCUAAUCGAGAACAUUCAAAUUCAAGCGCCAAAGAUAUUAUGCAUAAUUAUAUUCAACGUAACAGUACAAGUGAAACCCCUUCUUCAAUUGGCGCUAAUGCUGGUGCAACUGUUGCUUCUUUUAUCCCUAAUAGCGCUCAAUAUAUGAAUCAUUCGCAUGAUAAUCCUCAUUCUCCUUCUUCCCUUGAUGCUACCUCAUCUGAUUUGAUCGACAAUGAUAAAGUCGUUCCUGCUAAGAAUGAAAAGAGAAAUUCCUUGAUCUCAUUUCCUGGAGCCUCUGUCAUGGCAGCCGGUUUGAGUGUUGCUGCAGAAAAGCUAGGCCUCCGUCAAACAACCUCAAACGAUGCCGCCCAUAACAAGCAUGAUGUUGAUAAUUCUGAAAAUUCACCUAUUGUUAGCGAAAUUCGUCAUACAAAUCAAGAUCCAGCCAUUGCUAAUCCAGUUUCUGAAUUACCUCAUCAGGCUGAGCCUAAAAUAUUGAAUGAAUUCAAUCAUCCUAAUGCGCCUGCAUCAGAAAAACAAGAUGAUGCGGCAGCCAUUAUCAAAGAAAUACGUAAUGCUGAUAGCGCAGACCCUAAAGCUAAUUAUUACAAGGAAAUAUUCCAGGGCGGUCUUGGUGGUGACAGCACAGAGCCGAUUAUUAAGAAUGCUCAAGAUGCUGAACUUGAUCCUGCUGAUCAACCUUCAUUUGCUGAUCAAGAGCGACUUAGACAAGAAGCAAUUAGGAAUCGUAACUUGCGCAACCAAUCAGCAUUAAGAAGAGAAUCCUUUGAAGGCGGUCUUGGUGGUGACAGUACAGAACCAAUCAUCAAGAAUGCCCAGGAUGCUGAACUUGAUCCUGCUGAUCAACCUUCAUUUGCUGAUCAAGAGCGACUUAGACAAGAAGCAAUUAGGAAUCGUAACUUGCGCAACCAAUCAGCAUUAAGAAGAGAAUCCUUUGAAGGCGGUCUUGGUGGUGACAGUACAGAACCAAUCAUCAAGAAUGCCCAGGAUGCUGAACUUGAUCCUGCUGAUCAACCUUCAUUUGCUGAUCAAGAGCGACUUAGACAAGAAGCAAUUAGGAAUCGUAACUUGCGCAACCAAUCAGCAUUAAGAAGAGAAUCCUUUGAAGGCGGUCUUGGUGGUGACAGUACAGAACCAAUCAUCAAGAAUGCCCAGGAUGCUGAACUUGAUCCUGCUGAUCAACCUUCAUUUGCUGAUCAAGAGCGACUUAGACAAGAAGCAAUUAGGAAUCGUAACUUGCGCAACCAAUCAGCAUUAAGAAGAGAAUCCUUUGAAGGCGGUCUUGGUGGUGACAGUACAGAACCAAUCAUCAAGAAUGCCCAGGAUGCUGAACUUGAUCCUGCUGAUCAACCUUCAUUUGCUGAUCAGGAACGACUUAGACAAGAAGCAAUUAAGAAUCGAGAUUUGCGCAACCAAUCAGCAUUAAGAAGAGAAUCAUUCCAAGGUGGUCUUGGUGGUGACAGCACAGAACCAAUCAUCAAGAAUGCCCAGGAUACUGAACUCGAUCCUGCUGAUCAACCUUCAUUUGCUGAUCAAGAGCGACUUAGACAAGAAGCAAUUAGGAAUCGUGACUUGCGUAAUCAAUCAGCAUUAAGAAGAGAAUCAUUCCAAGGUGGUCUUGGUGGUGAUAGUACAGAACCAAUCAUCAAGAAUGCCCAGGAUACUGAACUCGAUCCUGCUGAUCAACCUUCAUUUGCUGAUCAAGAGCGACUUAGACAAGAAGCAAUUAGGAAUCGUGACUUGCGUAAUCAAUCAGCAUUAAGAAGAGAAUCAUUCCAAGGUGGUCUUGGUGGUGAUAGUACAGAGCCGAUUAUCAAAAAUGCCCAAGAUGCUGAACUCGAUCCUGCUGAUCAACCUUCAUUUGCUGAUCAAGAAUCCAGACGCAGAAAUAAUGCGGUUCCUGACGAAAUUGCUGAAAAUUGGAGCGACCAGCUGAAGAAGAAUAUUGCAGAAGCCCCUCGUUUUAAAGACGAUAAUGAUAAAGUUAGUAAUCCUUAUGAACAAACUCCUAAGGCUUCCAAUACUACUCCCGGCUUUGUCUCAACUCUUGCGGGUCUUGGAGCUAUGAUGGGUGUUUCUAAUGCGCCUAUGAAUAUUAGUCCAGAAACCAAUAAUGAUGAAGAUGACAGUAAGCUGAAGGAUAUGAAAGAUGACACUUCAGACACCAUUGAUAAUUCAACCUUUACUGAAACAAUUUUUAAAGGCAUUGACGGUGCUAAAUCAGCUGUUACUGGUGCUGUUCACUCUGUUGUAUCGCCUAUUAUGAAUGCUAUGGAAUAUCACUCUAAUGAAAAUGAUUCUACCCCUAGUGAAUUGAUGCCUAGUCGUAGUACAACUAAUGGUGCGUUUACGUCUCCUGUCAAUACAGCUGAUACACCAUCAUUAGCAAUUGGAAAUAACAAACUUAAUAAUGACAAAGACAUGACUCCUACUGAACAACCUACUAUUCUUGAUAAAUUAACUGAUCAAGGCUUAUCAUUGUUAAGGCCUUCUGAAAAGCAAGUUACUGCUGGUCAAUUGAAAGAAGUUGCUGAUCAUGUUGCUAAAACUAAAAAUGAACCAGUUGGUGGAUUCAACAAUGACGAAGUAAUCUCUACACCUGCGCUUGCCGAUAUUGCUAAAAGAAUUGAUGAAGAUCAAUUUAAUAUGCAUGAUAAUGAUGUCGAUUCAAGCAAAGAUAACAGCUCCUCUAAAAAUGAUGUUGUUGUCAUGGUAAAUCAUUUAACUUCUCUUCCAGAAGCUAUUGGUAAUAAUGUCAUGAUUGAAACGGCAAAUAAUAACGAUCUUCCUGUUACUAUUCCCGAAGUUAAUCCAGCAGAUAUUUCAAAGGAUCAAAACUCAACUGAAGGACUAAAUAUCCCAAUCAUGGUUAAAAGACGCUCAACACAAGGAACACCUAUGUCUGAAAACUCAAGUAUUUUAUCUGACAAGUCUGGAGCAAUUUCUCCUCCACCUUCUGCAAACAAUAAUUCUACAACAUUCAGUAUGCCUGAACCCAUCGAUAAAAUUGACGAUAAAUUGAAUGAUUACAAACAUGAACACUCUAAUCAUACCAUGAACAACAUGGAAAAGGAGGUCCCCAGAACCAAUCACACUAAUGUAUUUAACAGUGCUGUCCCUACUCACAGCAACAAUAACGGUUCGAAUGAUACAAAUGAAGGUGAUUCUACUAGAAAUGUCCUCUCUUCUUCAAGAUCGAUGCCUAUUCCACAACUGUUUAAUCCCAAUCAAACAGGCUCUCAAUUAACUUCUAACGCGGAUAAUUUAAAAUCAAGCAAAUCAGACACUGAUACUCACAUUAAUUAUUCUAACUCUGCUGGUUCAUUGCCUAUUGCCACUAGUAAGCUCCCUUUAGGCCUUGAUAGUUUAAAAACUAGCCCCUCUGGUAAGCUAAACUUAACUCAUUGUAGUCCUAAUUUUAAUACAGAUAGUAUACCCUAUGUAAACUAUUCAGAUUCUGUACCUGAAAUCCCAUUGACUGAAUCUUCACCCCAAACUAGCCAAAAUAAUCAAGACGAUAUCAAUAUUGUCAAAGCUCCAAAGUUUGAUCCAAGUCUUCCUAAGUUCCAAAAUUCUGAAGAUUUUAGUAGAGAUUCUAGCUUUAACUCUUUAGAUGCUCAUCCUGUAACUACAGUCGUAAAGAAUCUUGGUAGUGAUUUGCAUGAUGUUGAUGAUUAUAAUAAGAUGAGUUCUAUGAACAAUACUUUGAAUCAAUCUGAUAUUGAUAUCCCUAAUACUCCUCAUUAUAAUUAUUCCAAGCCAUUUGAUGAUACGUCUAACUUGCCUGAAAAACUUAAUACUCCUAAGAAUCAAAACGAAUUAGUUCAAAAUGUAGAAAACAUUGACAAUGAAGAACCUGUUUCUCCAUCAAAAAAGAAGUCCCAUGAUUCUACUUUAGCUAUUGAUAAUUCAGGAAAUUCUAUUCCUCUGGAUUUCAACCAUCAUCUUUAUUCUGAUAAUGUAUGUGCUUCUCAACAAAAUAAUGAUAUUUUUGAGCCUUCACAACAAUUUACACCUAGCGCCCUUGACACACCUAACCUUUUCUCUAAAAAAGUUGUUGAUCCUAUGACCGAUUCUGAUACUAACAGAUUAAAUAAUCAUAAUGGUCAAGUUGUCGAAGCAGCCGAUAAUAUAUUUACUCCUAUGGACAAAUCUUCUGCAUUACACAACUCAGAAAGCGCUCAGAAGUCAGCUGGUGAAAAUCGCCCCAAACAGGACAAUAAUAUGCCUUCUAAUAUUUCGCCUGAAAAUAUAUCUUCAUCAUCAUUUAUUACCUUGACUUCUCCUCUUUCAGCUUCUGCCGCUCCGUCCCCCACAGAUAUGGGUGAUAAAAAUACAAGACUAGAAGGUAAUACACAUUCUGUAAUUGCUUCUAAUAUAGAUGAACAAAGGUCUACAGCUCAACCUUUCUCCGGCGAAACUACCGAUAUGAAGCAUUUAGCAAAUGAAGAUAGCUUUUCCCCUCGUUAUAAUGCUUCAAUGAAACAGAAGCUCGAUUCUGAUGACAAUUCACUUCAAAAUUCCAAUAUUAUAGCCCCUGCUGUAACAAACUUGUCAAAGGAGAGAAAUAACACACAUGUGGAUACGGCUGUUAUGAAGCAAUUAGAUACAGAUAUGAGUAACAGAAGUCCUAAUUAUUCUGAAGAAAAAAGAAAACUAUCUUCAUCUCUUGACUUUUGUCACCCAUCAAGAGAUGUUAACAAAACUACUAGCAAUGUUAUACCAUCUUAUCAACAAGGUUCUGCAGUAAAUAAUAAUAAUAAUAGUAAAGGCAGCUAUAGUAAUUAUGAUAUACCUUCUGCUGAAUUUAACGAAACUCCAAAUAUGAUGCUCGAUAAUUCUGAAAUGGGUGCAAGAGCUAGACUUGAUAAGCUUGACAGUUUAGAAUCGGAUAUUGAAAAGCAAUUGGAUUCAAUGUCGCCAACAAGCAACAAUGCACAACAUCAAGAAGCUCCUCCCCAAAUUCCCGAACACGAAAAAUCACCUAAUCAUCAUAGUUCUCCUGUCGGUUUACAUUCUACUUCUUUCUAUGAUGUUGCUGCAGCAGAUGCCUUAAAACGUAUUUAUGAUCGUAUGACGAUACCUUUGAAGACAGGUGAUAAAAGCGAUCGUGUCUUGAAGGUUCGUGAGGGAUUUGAAAAUUUUACUGGGUUUGGCGUCAAAUGUGUUUCUGAUGUUAUUUCCCCUAAUGAAAAUAACAAAACUUCUAAUAUCUAAAA